AUGUGUGCGCUCGGGUUUGGUGUAAAGACAGAACCAAACGAAGGAGUGAACCGUGUGAAACGAAAACUUAUUUUCCAGCGCUCGACGGCACCGAAUGUGGCCGUAGCAAGGAAAAAUAAUCCGGAUGUGAGCAAACGGAUGAAAGCCAUGGGCAUAAAGUCUACUCACGACCUGCUCGAUUAUUACUGGAGGUCACUGUUUGGACUUAUUGACAAGGCACGCCCAGGAACAAAAAAGAUCGUCUGGCAGGAAGUGCUCGAUUUGAACGUCAAUGCCUCGGAUGCCAUCGCUCAUGUCUGGAAAGGGAAACAGAAUGGCUAG